CCCUUCGCCCCGGUGGUAGGAAACAUUCCGGUCCCAACUCGACGUGUCCGGAAAGCUCUGGCCAGUUUCCCUUUCGUUCUGCGACCGCUGCUGCCGGCCGCGAGGCUUUCUCAGACCGGCGGGCGCAGCUGCCGUGGGUGAGGCGCCUGGGGGCCGCAGGCCGAGCGGCGGGGCGCCCCGAGCACCAUGCUGGACCCGUCUUCCAGUGAAGAGGAAUCGGACGAAGCAUUGGAAGCGGAGAGCCGCGAUGUGCUGGUGGCGGCCGGCGGCUCGCGGCGAGCGCCACCGGCCCCGGCUCGCGAAGGGCGGCGGGACGCGCCGGGGCGCGCGGGCGGCGGCAGCGCGGCCAGACCAGUGAGCCCAAGCCCCUCGGUGCUCAGCGAGGGGCGAGAGGAGCCCGCGCGGCAACGGGAUGAGGAGCAGGAGCGGAGGAUCCGCCUGCAGCUCUACGUCUUCGUGGUGAGGUGCAUCGCGUACCCCUUCAACGCUAAGCAGCCCACCGACAUGGCCCGGAGGCAGCAGAAGCUUAACAAGCAACAAUUGCAGUUACUGAAAGACCGGUUCCAGGCCUUCCUCAACGGAGAAACCCAAAUUGUGGCUGAUGAAGCAUUUUGCAAUGCAGUUCGGAGUUACUACGAGGUUUUUCUGAAGAGUGAUCGAGUGGCCAGAAUGGUUCAGAGUGGAGGGUGUUCUGCUAAUGACUUCAGAGAGGUGUUUAAGAAAAACAUAGAAAAACGUGUGCGGAGUCUGCCAGAAAUUGAUGGCUUGAGCAAAGAGACGGUGCUUAGUUCAUGGAUAGCUAAAUAUGAUGCCAUUUACAGAGGUGAAGACGAUAUGUGCAAACAGUCCAAUAGAAUGGCCUUAAGUGCUGUGUCUGAACUUAUUCUGAGCAAGGAGCAACUCUAUGAGAUGUUUCAGCAGAUUCUGGGUAUUAAAAAACUAGAACACCAACUCCUUUAUAAUGCAUGUCAGCUGGAUAAUGCAGAUGAACAAGCAGCCCAGAUCAGAAGGGAACUUGAUGGUCGUUUGCAGUUGGCAGAGAAAAUGGCAAAGGAAAGAAAUUUCCCCAAAUUUAUAGCAAAAGAAAUGGAGAAUAUGUAUAUAGAAGAGUUGCGGUCUUCAGUGAAUUUGCUAAUGGCCAAUUUGGAAAGUCUUCCAGUUUCGAAAGGUGGUCCAGAAUUUAAAUUACAAAAAUUAAAACGUUCACAGAAUUCUGCAUUUUUGGACAUAGGCGAUGAGAAUGAGAUUCAGCUGUCAAAGUCCGAUGUGGUGCUGUCGUUCACCUUAGAGAUUGUCAUAAUGGAAGUGCAAGGUUUGAAGUCCGUUGCUCCCAAUCGAAUUGUUUACUGUACAAUGGAAGUGGAAGGAGGAGAAAAACUUCAGACAGACCAGGCUGAAGCCUCAAGGCCACAAUGGGGAACUCAAGGUGAUUUCACCACCACCCAUCCUCGGCCUGUGGUCAAAGUAAAACUCUUCACGGAAAGCACUGGGGUCCUGGCCCUUGAAGAUAAAGAACUGGGAAGGGUGAUAUUAUACCCAACUUCUAAUAGCUCCAAGUCAGCUGAGUUGCACCGAAUGAUAGUUCCAAAAAAUAGCCAGGACUCUGACUUAAAAAUCAAAUUAGCAGUGCGAAUGGAUAAACCACCACAUAUGAAACAUAGUGGAUAUCUGUAUGCCCUAGGACAGAAGGUUUGGAAAAGAUGGAAAAAACGUUACUUUGUUCUUGUUCAGGUUAGCCAAUACACAUUUGCUAUGUGCAGUUAUAGAGAAAAAAAGUCUGAACCACAAGAACUAAUGCAACUGGAAGGAUACACUGUGGAUUACACAGACCCCCACCCAGGUCUUCAGGGUGGUCAUAUGUUCUUUAAUGCAGUUAAAGAAGGAGACACUGUGAUAUUUGCCAGUGAUGAUGAACAGGAUAGAAUAUUAUGGGUUCAGGCCAUGUAUAGGGCCACAGGUCAGUCAUAUAAACCCAUUCCUGCGAUUCAAACCCAGAAACUGAAUCCUAAAGGUGGGACUCUCCAUGCAGAUGCUCAGCUUUAUGCAGACCGUUUUCAGAAACAUGGUAUGGAUGAGUUUAUUUCUGCUAAUCCUUGCAAGCUUGACCACGCCUUCCUUUUUAGAAUACUGCAGAGGCAGACUUUGGAUCACAGACUGAAUGAUUCCUAUUCUUGCUUAGGUUGGUUUAGCCCUGGCCAAGUCUUUGUGUUAGAUGAGUACUGUGCCCGUUACGGUGUGAGAGGCUGUCACAGACAUCUCUGCUACCUUACAGAACUGAUGGAACAUUCAGAAAAUGGUGCUGUCAUUGACCCAACCCUGCUCCAUUACAGCUUUGCAUUCUGCGCCUCUCAUGUGCACGGCAACAGGCCUGAUGGAAUUGGAACUGUUUCAAUGGAAGAAAAAGAGAGAUUUGAGGAGAUAAAAGAAAGACUCUCUUCCCUUUUAGAAAAUCAGAUAAGUCAUUUCAGAUACUGUUUUCCCUUUGGACGACCUGAAGGUGCUCUGAAAGCUACGCUUUCAUUACUUGAAAGGGUUUUAAUGAAAGAUAUCGCCACUCCCAUACCAGCUGAAGACGUGAAAAAAGUGGUCAGAAAAUGUCUCGAGAAAGCAGCCUUGAUCAAUUACACUAGACUCACAGAAUACGCCAAAAUAGAAGAGACCAUGAACCAGGCACCUCCUGCUAGAAAGCUGGAAGAGGUUCUUCAUCUAGCAGAGCUCUGCAUAGAAGUCUUACAGCAGAAUGAAGAGCACCAUGCAGAGGCAUUUGCCUGGUGGCCUGAUUUAUUGGCAGAGCAUGCAGAGAAAUUCUGGGCUUUAUUCACAGUAGAUAUGGAUACUGCACUGGAGGCCCAACCACAAGACUCCUGGGAUAGUUUUCCUCUUUUCCAACUGCUCAAUAAUUUCCUCAGAAAUGACACACUUUUAUGUAAUGGAAAAUUUCACAAACAUUUGCAAGAAAUCUUUGUGCCCUUGGUUGUCCGCUACGUCGAUCUCAUGGAGUCCUCCAUCGCCCAGUCAAUUCACAGAGGUUUUGAGCAAGAGACAUGGCAGCCUGUCAACAAUGGCUCAGCAACAUCAGAAGACCUUUUUUGGAAACUCGAUGCACUGCAAAUGUUUGUCUUUGAUCUGCACUGGCCAGAACAAGAAUUUGCCCACCACUUAGAGCAAAGACUUAAACUAAUGGCCAGUGAUAUGAUAGAGGCCUGUGUCAAAAGAACAAGAACUGCAUUUGAAGUCAAGCUGCAAAAGGCAAGCAAAACCACUGACUUGCGCAUUCCUGCCUCCGUGUGUACAAUGUUUAAUGUAUUAGUCGAUGCCAAAAAGCAAAGCACCAAACUUUGUGCCCUGGAUGGAGGACAAGAGUUUGGUAGUCAAUGGCAACAAUACCAUUCAAAAGUAGAUGAUUUGAUUGACAACGCUGUAAAAGAAAUCAUUUCACUGCUAGUUUCAAAGUUUGUUUCAGUGUUGGAAGGGGUGUUAUCUAAGCUGUCAAGAUAUGAUGAAGGCACUUUCUUUUCAUCCAUUCUGUCAUUCACUGUAAAAGCAGCUGCAAAAUAUGUCGAUGUUCCAAAACCAGGAAUGGAUCUGGCAGACACCUAUAUUAUGUUUGUUCGGCAAAACCAGGAUAUUCUUCGAGAAAAGAUCAAUGAGGAAAUGUAUAUAGAAAAGCUGUUUGAUCAAUUCACGGGCUUCGUGGUGACACUCAGCUGCGGCAGGUACAGAAGGUCUUGCUGCGUCAUCCUCUCUCGUGGUCUGUUGUGUCAGUGUUCACUGUUCGUCAGAUUGGGUGGUCAAAAUGAGUCUUCCCUUUCAGAUUGUAUGCUUCGGGCCUCUACCCAGGCUGUUUUACAAUAAAAGUAUCAUCUGUUUUAAUAAGCUAAGUGUUAAUAUGUGUGAAAAGAAUGAUUUCCUAAAAGCUUUGAUGCCCUGCAGGGGUAGAAAAAUUAUCAUCUAUCCAGCUGGCUGUUUUACAAAAUACUGAAACCAUAUUAGCAACUUCUGCUUCCAUUUGGUAUUGCUCUGAAUUUACAAGCAUAUGUUUUACUUCCAGAUCCUCUUUUACUUUUUUUUGCUUAUGUGGUAAUUUUCAGAAAUGUUGAACAGAAUAGGAAAAUCGGAUUGAUGUUAUUCCCUUUAUGUUUAUUCUUGGUAUAGCUGAAGCAUGUAUUCUAUGAUGAGAAAAGGUAGACUCAUCUGGAAAUAGGCCAUUGUACAUAGGAGAGAGAGAGAGUGUGUGUGUGUGUGUGUGCGUGUGUGUGUGUGUGUGUGUUAACAUCUUCAGUUUUUCGUCUUGGUGACCUAUUUACUACAAAGCUUGCCAUCAGUUCAUAACAGAGGUAGAAUUUCUUUAUCAAGAUAUUACCUACACUAACUCCCUCCCAUUCACCAAACUUUUUUCAAAGACUUUUUGUGUGACCACUAACCAAUGGAGCUAACUGAAGUGGACGCAAGGAGGCCAACAUUAAAAUUAUGUCUAGUUUCGGGGAGCGUGACUGGCUCAGUUGAUAGAGCAUGCAACUCUUGAACUCAGGGUUGUGAGUUCAAGCCCCAUGUUGGGUGUAGAGCUUACUUAAAAAAAAACACACACACACACACACAUAAAAUUAUGUCUAGUUUAAUUGUCCUGGUUAGGUAUACUUUUCUUUGAUACCUAAGCGUCUGAUGGCUAAGUUUGCUUCUGAAAGGAACGUCUGACAAGCAAUUCUGUUUUGGUUGUGAAGGUUUUGUCAUUUUGCAUAUCCCCAGUAGAACACUGGACUUAUUAUUUGUAAAAUAGUAAUAAUGUCCUUAAACAUUCUAAUAUUUUUAAAUUGCACAUUUUUAUUACUGUAAUUAAAAAUAAAAAGGAGACCCUAGUUCUAUUGAUAUGUCACCAAAAUAACAUAUAUGAGGGGGUACUAAGAGCCCCUAAUUAGCCAAGACUGAAUUUGCCUCAAUUAUAGUUAGUAAAUGAGAGGUUAUCAAGUAUGUGUUGAAAGGUAAAGCAGAAUGUGUAUCUUAAGCAACAGAUCAUUACUGAGAGACAUUAUAUAAUUAUUGGAAAUCUGCUGGAGCUUAAAAUAAUAUUGUUAGGUGUCAAGAAACAGUUGAAAAUAAUGACCCUAUAAAUACUGUUGGCAACCUUAGUCUAUUACAGAAAAAAAAGAUUGAAGAGAACAAUUUUACUCAGGCAUCAUGACAAACUUUUGCUAUUCCAAUUAAAAUAAGAAGUAAAGAGAAGGAAAGGAAAGGAAUGGAAGGAAACAGAGACUCCUAACUUCAGAUGCAAAGGAAAAUGUGCACACACAUACGUGCCUAUGCCCUACAGUGAAUCAACACUUAGUGGUUUAACCAACCCAGAUAAGGGUAUAGGGGAUCCAGUUUCUGUCAUGCAGUAUGAGAGCUUCACUCCUUAAGAAGAACAGCCUUUUAACCCAAAUGAGAUUCACUGAGUUUUUGAAAUACCACAAAUUGCAACAGUUUUAUAUCAAACAGUUAUUCUGAAGUCACAUAUUCAUCCUGCCUCCAGUAGCAACACUUUAACACUUGCGUGUUUUACUAAGUAAUCUUUUUUUCUGCAUGAUGCUCCACUCAUGGAAAAAAACUAUUGAAAAUUCUGGCAAACUUUCCCUGAGAGUAGCAAUUAGUUCUGGUGUUUCUGACCUCAAAAACUUUUUGAUCAAUUAAGCAUCUUAAUUGUUCCUGAUAUUUAUAGUGAAAUACUUUAGAGUUCUAUUUGAAUAACUAUACCAGUGACUAAGGCCAAAUAAUGACCAUUACCCUAGAUUUGUGUCCAUUGUUUUGGGAUGCACCUACAAAGGAGAAUGGUACCUCCUACAGUCGUCCAUAUACAACCAAAAGCCAUCACUCAGGUCCUGAGCAGCUCACUCAGCUAUUAUUAUCGUUCUGGCCUCCAUGAAAAGUGUUUUUGCUCCUUAUCUCCAAAGUCUUAAAGAGAGGGAGGAUUAAAAUUUGUAUUAUAUUCAAGGCCCUACAUAGGAUAAUCUUAGGCUUCUACAUUAAAUCUUGAAAUAGUAAAGCUAAACAUACCUUUGGAAGAUCAAAAAAAUUAAUAUCAGGACAAAUAACCAAGACGUUCUACUUCAUUCCAUAAGUGGUUAAACGUCUAAAACGUUUUUUGCAUAACAGAAAUAUUAUUAAAAAGUCUAAACGAUGGCGGAUUCAUGCUGUUCAUAGAAGGAACUGAGUUUGUUUUAAGGUAUAUCGCUCAUCUUCUCCAAUUAUCAAAAUAGUAAUCCCAGCCCCAGCUGUCACCACCACCAUUCCCACGGCACCUCCGUGUACCAGGCAAUGGGCUCGGUGCUUCACUCAUAUCAUUUCUAACCUGCUGAGCCAGAUGCCAUCAUCCCCAUUUGUCCUUAUUUUCAGGUUAAGGAAUUUCCCACUCAGAGAAGAUGAAGUGACUUGUUGAGUGUUGAAUCAGACUUUGAAAUUGUGUCUCUCCAAUUUCAAAGUCUAUGCUAUCCCUACCAUACUUUAGACUUAUAAAAUCUGGGCCAGGAAUCCACAAACCUGAGUUCCAUCCACAGUUCCGCCAUGGAUUGUCAGAAUGAGUUUCAAGAAGUUGUGUCACCUGCCCAGGACACAGUAGAGUUAGUACAUAUAAACUGAAGAAAUUGGUCUAGAAUUCCAGACGGUUAUUGAAAUAUCUUCCAGAUUUUAAACCAACUAAGUUAAAUUCAUUUUAAUUUUAGCAGUGGUGACAAAAAUUAGUGGGCGGUUGAAUGCUUAGUCUUGCACCCCACAGUAGCAAUUUCUAAGUUUUUUUGUCAUGGCUGAGUGAAAGCAGGGUAUCCCACCCAUGAAGCAAUAACAAGUGCAAUAGAUAAGGUAGAAAAGAGAUUCUGUAUUAAAAAUAGCUGUGCCGGGCGCCUGGGUGGCUCAGUUGGUUAAGCGACUGACUUCAGCUCAGGUCAUGAUCCUGGAGUCCCUGGAUCGAGUCCCGCAUCGGGCUCCCUGCUCGGCAGGGAGUCUGCUUCUCCCUCUGACCCUCCCCCCUCUCAUGUGCUCUCUCUCUCUCAUUCUCUCUGUCUCAAAUAAAUAAAUAAAAUCUUAAAAAAAAUAAAAAUAAAUAAAAAUAAAAAAAUAAAAAUAGCUGUGCCAUAUGACACUCUAUGUAUCUACCACAAGGGCUCUGAACCCCAAAUUUAGAAAAUUAAUUGGAACUCAUCUAUUCCGUAUUCAUGCAAAGUCUUUCUGAGUGACCAGAAUAUUUUAAACAGAGACCUUCUCUUCCUCUCAAAUGGUCACUGUUACACAUGCUAUGUUUAAAAUCUACAUGUUAAAUUUACAUUUUCGGUUUAGAAAAAUGUGUCUUCUCUGGAUAAGAGAAAUCCUAAGGAAGUUCUCCUGUAGUAAGAUCAUGGAUUCACCCAAAGGUUUUUCUGUUUUGUAUGCAAUCUCUCUUACCCCAGUGUGUUUUUUUCUUAUAUAUAAAACUUAGUUGUCAGCAACCUUUCAUAGUUUUUAUCAAAUCAAAACCAUCUACAACUCGUGUAGGAUUCCAAUCCAGAAGUAUGACAAUGAUUUUCCAAUUCUUUUUUUUUUUUUUUUUUUUUUAGAUUUUCCAAUUCUUAAAUUCCAUUUUUAAUGUCUACUGUGAUGUUUCUUCCUGCACACUCAGGCCUCCGGACACACAGUGGCAGCCACUGGUGCCCAUGUGUCAGGAGAGAGGCUGGGCAGUCCCUUCAGGGCUUUGCAUCUCUGGGUUGGACCAUGGUGAUGUUUCCAAAGUCAAAACUGACAUCUGCAGUAAUUGCCCAAGAGCACCCUCUGUGGUCAUUUCAUAAUGUCCAAGAAUAUCACAGCCUGGAUGGAGGUAGUUAGGGGUUGACUGAAAUAUAUCUUACUGUCCAGGAUAUACACUAAACCUACCCACUUCUCUAAACCUUUGUACAUUUAUUGGGCAUUGCCCUUCUUGAGUCCCUUUGAAACAAUUCCAUUUCAGCUAUCAUGUUGCUGAAGACACAUCAGGGUGCAGUAUUUAAUUGGUAAAUCAUGCAGAUUAAACAUUCUCUCGUGUUAUAAACUGAUUAAAUAUUUAAUUGUUGAAGAGUUUCAUCUCAACUAGACUUUUUAAAAAUAUUGUUGUGAUGUCUUAUAAAAUUAAGAGUAAUUCUUUAAAUGAUAGUUAAUCAGUUAUAUUCAUCUAAAUAGUGUUUUAUAAAGGAUUAAUUUCUCAGAACUUUCCUUGAAAAGAAUUCUUUUCAGUAAAGAAACUCUAAAUUAAACACUUUGAGUAAAAUUGACCUAAACUAUCUAAAUGAGUUCAGUACCCAUUUUAAGAUAUGAAUAUGAAUUUUAAGAUAUGAUAUGAAUUUUAAGAUAUAAAAAACUGAACCUAUUACAAGAGAAUAUGUUUCUCAAAAUAAAGCUCAUUUUCCAUAUCUGUGCCUUUGUCUCUGGACUCCCAAAUGCUCAGAGUUUUUGAGUGUAGUGUUUCACAUCAGUGACCAAACUUUGUGACUCAGCCUCAGUAAGAUCAACACUACUCUUCUUAACUUAUUUAAAGAUUCAAUUUAUUAUCAUGUUGAUUUCAUGAGAGUAGUUGAAAUCAACAGAGCAUGGGUAAGAGUGGCUGCUAGAUACAACUUUCCUUUCCUUUGGGUAAAUUUCUUUGUGUGUGUAAUCAGCCUCUUUAUUGGGAAUGCAGGCUGCAGCCCAAUAAAACUGAACACUUCUUUGUCUUUCUGCAUUUCUUAUAAUUCUAGGAUAUUAUAGGUACAUUCUCUUAUAUGUGAAUGUCAAUUUAACAAUAGCAGUUUUCCUCUUUUGAAUAAUCAUUGACUUUCAAAUGACUAGGAAGUUGUUACAUAAACUACAUAAAUUAGUGUAGAUUCCCAUUACAGAGGAUUUUCUUUUUGGUGGUGUCUCUAUAUUAAAAUAAUUCAAAUGUCAGACAUUAACUGUUGGGCCAUUAUGCCCAACCAUGAUUUUCCUAUCAACACUCAAAAUUAAAGGUUAAUAUUGCUCUUGUGUCAUAACCAUUAUUUUCCUUCUUCAUCAAUAGAAAGGGAUGGAUAAUGUAAGUCCAGCGAUGUACUAGAGGCUAGUUGAGAUAAUGUGUUUUCUAAACAUGGUGAUGUUAUGUACCCUGGUACCUCACUGUGUACCAAAGGGAGAUAAAAAGUUUGAUCUCUGUUUGUGAUCUGUGUUACCUUUAACACUGUGUUAUUUAGCUGCUGUGACACAUUGUUUCCCUGGUGUUUUUAGUUAGUUUUUUUUUUUUUUUCCAUUGUCUGAAUUUCUGGUUUGUCUUACCUACAGAAUUUGGACUCACGUUGAAAUCAUUUGACCUCUUUUUAAGAUAGUCAUAGUCAAACUUGUUCCGUGGAUUGCCUCGCCUGCCUCAGGAAAUGCCGUACAGAGCUUGCUCCUUAACUAUUUUUUUUUUCCCCCUCAAAGUUUGUUUCUUUUUAAAACCUCUCCUCUCGAAUUAAGCUGUCUGGUUCGUUUUUGUUAAUAGUCCUUAUUUUAAUGUGAAGUUAUUAUUUGUAAGUAUAAGAAUUUAUAAAAGGAUCUACUUUUGAUGUACUGUAGGUGCCAAAAUAGCUUUGGCAAGUCCAGACGCAGCUUAGAGCAGCCAAAGGCCCUCAUUUGAAUCUAAGCUGUUGGUGAAUUAUAAAACCUGAGAAACUUGAGAUACGCGUGCCUAAUUGCCUAAAAGGAACUCAGCAAGAAAAUGUAGUGUAGCGUGUUGAUCUUAUUUCUUUGAUAAUUCAAAAGAAUCUUCAAGAAAUAUGUGGACUUCUUACUUAUGUUCCUGAAAUGUGAUCAUGAAACACAAUUGUCAUUUGGCCCAUUCCCAGAAAUACACAUCUUUGCAUGAGGCACCUGGACAUAUGUGGCAGGUCUGGUAGAAUCAGCUAAUUAACAACACAGGCUUAAACAGGCACCUCAUCUGGCAGUGCAGUCAGUUGCCUGAUGGUGCUCAGCAGGAUUGGGGAGUGCUUUUUCUUUUUCUCUCCUAAUGGUCUGCUGCCCACCUAAUUUUGCCUUAUUGUCAGUCACUACUUACCGCAGCUUGGGGCCCUCCCAGGAGGCUAAAUUAUUAUCAAAGGAUUAGGGAGAUGUAGCCUUGCAGCUCUGACAUUUCUGAUUACUUGUCUAUGCCAGAACACUAAUUAGCUGUGACUAAUUAAGAAAAAUGUCCCUGCCAUAGAAAACCAUUUAAAAGAACUGAGGAGUAGAAAAGCAAUUCAAAAGCUGAGCAGUGCUCAGAUUUGCCGAUGCUCUUUAGAUUUCCACCAGAGCCUUAACUCACCUUUAAUUGUGCUCAGAAUUAAAAAAAAAAAAAAAAAAAAGGAAGAAAGAAGAAGAAGAAAAAAAAAGAAAAUCUCACAUGUGAACUGAUCUGAGGUUUUUACUUGAAGAGGAAAAAAAAAUUGUUGUUGAUCACCUAAACUCCCUUAGCAAUGGUAAAAUUGUCUUUGAUGAAUGCAAGAUGACAAAACUUCAUUUUCAUCGAGAAAUUUUUCUAAACACCAAAUGUGUAAAUGUGCAUUUGCAUUCAUUCACCCAAGCCAAUAACAAUGACUUAAUAGUCACUGAAGGAAGUAGAAUAUUCUCUUGCCUGAUUUUAUAAAAGAUAGUUAAGAUGAUGACAAGCAACACAUUGGACAUUUUCAAAGUUAGUAUUGAUUUCGCACUGCUUCCACAUUGAAGAUCGUCUGGAAGUAAUGACUUCUCCACGCAGAGCCUGGUCUUUCCACAGUGACUUCGCACGCUUGCAUUGCGACUGGCCACUAGUGACUUACUAAUGAAAAUACCUGGGCCUCCCUGGAGACCAGCAUCUGGUCAGUUGAGCAUUGCAAGGUUUUCCUAGAACCGGUAGCUACUACUCUCCUUCUCUUCAAACCUAGCUUCAUCAGCAGAUGAUCCAUGCCCUAAGGCCAUUUUCUGUGGUGGCUUUUUCGGGUCCUCCUCUGUCAGCCAGCCCAUCUGCAUGCCUUCCCUGCGUCCCUGUCUACGUUCACGGGUGGAUGCAGCAGUAGCAGCCAGACUGUUGACUAAGUCCAACUGAAAAAAAAAAUCUGGGGGCGCCUGGGUGGCUCAGUCGUUAAGCGUCUGCCUUAGGCUCAGUUGCCAUCCCAGGGUGCUGGGAUCGAGCCCCGCAUCGGGCUCCCUGCUCCGCAGGAAGCCUGCUUCUCCCUCUCCCACUCCCCCUGCUUGUGUGCCCUCUGUCACUGUGUCUCUCUCUGUCAAAAAAAAAAAAUCUGUGUAAGGAAGUGGCUGUUGUGGUAAAACCAGUGUUAGAUGUGUUUAUUGAAUGCAUUGAAAGGAAACUCUAUAAAAGAACAAUGUUCAAAGGUACUUAUAAAGACCUGAAGAGAACCCUUAAUUUCCCGGUGAUGGCCAAGCCCUAGAUAAGAGACCAUCUGAAUUUUACUAUGUUAAUAUGGGCAAAAUAUUUCAUUUGAAGUAAAGUUCCAACCCCAUCUCACCUAAAUUCUUCAUGCUAUUUUUUAAACCCAUUUCCCCUUUUCCUCUUAGUGGAGAAAAAAACAUAGCCAGCAUCCUCUAGGGAAUAAUCCUUCCUAUAUAUGAAGACUGUUAUUAGGGCACUUGUCAUACUGGUCUACUCCGGGAUAAAUAAUCCCUAUUUGUUUCACUUCCCUUCAUAGGCCCCUUUCCUAGCCCUUUAAUCAUCUUUGUGGCUGUCCUUUGAAACUUCUCUAAGCAUUCUCUGUCAUGCUUAGGGUUUUGAGUCAAGAAUGGGAUGCAGUGUUUGAAUGUGGCUGAACAAGAUUCUUUCAAGCCAUGUUCCUACUGUGCAUUCUAAUAAAUAACAUUCCCAUACUUUUGCUCUACAGAUCCUCAUAAAUGGGGUUACAUAUACUCCCCACAUUUCUUUGUGUUGACUUUCUCCUCAGUUACUGCCCGAACUAUAUGCAUAUAAUGUAUAUGUUUAUUGAUGGAGAAUGUCCAUUCAGUUGUUGUUUUAGAUGCAUGAGGAAACCUCCAAUCCACCGUUCAAUUACUAUGUGUAAAGCAUGGUGGAGAAUACUGGCAUAAAACGGUUUGGCAUUGUUUUGUCCCACAGAGUUGGGUAUCUCUGUCACGGUGACAGUGGAUCCUAAUUAAAAUAGGAAAUCGAAACUCCUCUUAUUAAUCAAUUAUUCAUCCAACCAAUACUUAUUCCAUAGAGGCCACACAGUGUUUGGCAACAUUAAAGAAGAUAUACCCAGUCCCUGACUUAAGGGAGCUUACAUUCUUAGGAUCAAAUGGGUCUAUUGAAAAAGUGAAUUUCUCAUUAAAAUGUUUUACAUUUUCAUCUAUUGAAUAGAUAUUAACAUAUUUUCUUUCAAAUGAACUGAACUAAACUAAAAUUUAGAAUUAAAAUUUAAUUCCCUUUCAAAAGAGAUAAUAGUGAUCAUGAAAUUCACUUAUUUACCUGUCUGUUUCAAGUGGAAGAUUGGAAACUUGCCAAAAGUUAGGGCCAAUGCAAGGUUUAUACCUAGCUCCAUGACUACCAGCGAAGGGCACACUCUUCCUCUCUACCCUUCAUGGGUUCUUUGCUCAAAGCCAGGCUUAUUUCAAGUCCCAGGAGAGUUCUCAUGUUCCCUUAGACUGAAGUCAACAAUGCCAUAGCAGUGAUAUUUUUCUGCCUUAAAAAAAAAAAAAAUAGCUCACAAAGCCAACAAGUAUAGAAGUCACGCAAGACAUGUUGCUUGGAGGGAAAAAUGCACAGGCAGCACAGCCAACCAUACUCCAGAUAUGCCCACAGCCUUAUAUCACCCCCAGGAUUGGGAACCAGUACCCCUAAGCAUAUGCUGGAGAGGCAGCUCCCUGCUCACGUGACAGAGCUGAGCACAUCAACAUCUGAGCGCGUAGUAUUAUACUUGAUGUGUAAGAGUAUGUAUGUGGACACUCAUGUAUGCCCCUAGACAUGGGGGUACUAUCUCCUUUAUUUAAUUCAUCCCUUAAAAUGAAAUCAGACUGUCUCAUUUAAAGUUCUGUUUGGUCCUAUGUUCAAUUUCUUUAGCCAAAUGCAAUUGUUUACCUUUUGGUGAUUUCCACAACUUUCACAUCUGUUCAGCUCUUUUUCUGUUACUGAAACAUGUGAAUCAAGUCAACAGCCUGGCUCUGAUACUCUUCUACCCUCUCUCUUAAAAAACUGCCCUGUCAUUAUUAUACAUGUAGUACUUUCUAUCUCCAAAUAUUUAAAAGCAUUCAGUCCUUCAGCAAAUAUGCAAUGCAUGCUCUGUGCCAUUCUGCUGAGGCCUGGAGAUAGCAAUAAAAAUAAGACCUGGUUGCUGCCUUGGGUUUACACACAGCCCACCCGUUGGGCAGCCAUAUAGCACAUUAUGCAAUAUUUUUAUAGAUGUCUGUACAGAGUUUGAGGAGCAGAAAAUAUGGGAGCAUCUGAUUCUGCCUAGUAAGAGAUAUAUUGGCUUCCUAGCAGAAAUAGUGGUUGAAAUGAAUCCCAAGGGUUGACAUAGAUCUGGCCAGGGAAACAUACUUGGGGAUAAAAGUCCAGGUGGAGGGACUGACGUUCCCAGAAAUCCGAGAUUUGGAGAAACCCAACAUUCAGGAGAGCAGCAGUUCAUUCAGCUCGCUGAGAAUGGAUCCUGUGGGAGUGGCCCAUGAGUUGGAGACAGAAUGGGAGCUAGUUAGUCCAGUCCUUACAGCACUCUCAAAAAGUAAUUUGGGAAUGAUUGUUUUCCAUUUUUGUAAGGAAACUGAAACAGAAAGACCUGCUAAUCGUUAAUUCUCAGCCCUAGAUUUUCUCUCACACUGUGCCAUUCAAUAGCCAUUCCAGGAGUCUGAUUUAUUUUUAUUCAGAUCCUACGUAUAGUGCUCGCUUCGGCAGCACAUAUACAGAUCCUACGUAUGAAUUUAAAUGCAAUAUUGACCAAAAUUUUAUACAUAGUAUUCAAAAUGAGUCAUUCAACCAGAUGAAAAGGGCAUUGUGCCCAAAUGAACUAUGCAUUGGAGAUGUACCCCAAACUGGUAUCUGCAGCAGUGUAACUGGAUUGACUGCUGAGUUUGGCCAAACCAAUGAUUGUGAUUAGUCAUUUCAGUCAAAAAACUAGUCAAACCAACAUGCAUCCCAUCAUUUGUCAUGAAGUAGGAGAGAGGGGAACAACUGAUUAUCUGAAAUCAUCACUUACAAUCUUUCUAACACCAGGAAAAGAGCCCCAGAAUAAAAUGACAGAGGCACUUACCUGCUUGGUAAUUAUGAAUAAUAAAGAACAGUAUUGAUUUGAUUUGAUUUUAAAGAUUUAUUUUUUUUUUGAGAGAGAGAGCAUGUGUGAGUGAGGGCAAGGAGGGGGAGGGGCAAAGGGGAGGGGGAGACACAGGGCUUGGGGCUCGAUCCCAGGACCCUGAGAUUAUGACCUGAGCCGAAACCAAGAGUCAGGCGCUCAACUGACUGAGCCACCCAGGCGCCCCUAGAACAGUGUUAACUUUAAUGUCUUUGUGCAGUGGAGGAAAAGAUAGGCUAGUUUAAUAAUAAUAUUUUCAGGACAUUUUGGAAUGAAGGGAAUUUUGGAUGAAUGAAAUAGUAGCAGAAAAGAGCUUGUACAACUCCCAAUUUAUGAAAUUUAUCUUGUUAUAUAACUUGUUCUAUUUUGUAACUGAAGAGGAUCUAAUUCACCUAGAAAUAUCUUGGUAUUUGUACAUUUUUUGUCAGGUUUUUUUUUUUUUUAAGUAAUCUCUACACCCAGCGUGGGGCUCAAACUCAUGACACUGAGAUCAAGAGUCAGAUGUUCUACUGACUGAGCCAGCCAGGCACCCCUACAUUUAUUUAGAAGAGAAAAUGUGGGAGCAGAAGUAUUAACUUCAAGAACAGGAAAGUUUUUUCAGCAUUCAACAAACGUAAUAGGUGCCUACUAUCCUACUAUAUGUCAAUCCUCCCAUGUUAUUAGCACUUUCUACAUUUUCUUAACAGACAUCAAAGUGCUCAUAAACUCUCCUUUGCAGACUUCCUGAUAGAGGUAGAAAAUGAAAACCACCCUGAGUAUGAGGUUAUUGAACAUGGAAAAAGACAUGAAUCAAAUACUCCUCUGUUCUAUGUUUAAAAAAAAAAAAAAGAAAGCUAUAUAUAUAGAUCGAGCCCCCUUAUGAAUGAACCAAGGAUUUCUUUCCCACCUUGCAUUGUUUUGUUACAGUGGGGGAGAGGGGGAACCCUUCCCAGUAUUCCUAAGCAUUAAAAUGUAUAGCACUUUGAAACAUCUUAAGAAUGGGGGACACCUAGCUGGCUGAGUAGGAGGUGGGUCACUUGAUCUUAGGCUCAUGAGUUUGAGCCCCACAUUGGGCAUAGAGAUGACUUAAAAAAAAAUCUUAAUGGGACAUAUGGGAAUGGCCUAGCACAAGAGCCAUUUGGUUGGUUAUCCUAACAGGAAGUAUGGUUCUUGAAAGAAUUUAUUCCCCUUAUAUAUUAUUAGGUUUACAGAUAUCUUUGGUCUUUGGAAAUGUAGAUUGUUUUAACUCAAGAAAAUGUGGUACACUUCUUUGAAACAAUUAAUAAGCAUUUCCUAUUUACUGUGUUAUAAUGACUAUCAGGAACCCCCAAGAGUAGUGGAGAUUGAUCUCUUAGUUGUCUGCUGGAAGUAGGGAACUACCCUUAAAGAAUCAGAGAUUUUAUUGACAGAACAGACUGGUUUCUAGAAGGAAAUGGAAUAACCUAGCAGUCGUGAGUACAGACUCUGAAGCAUGGAUAUAAGAUAUAAAUUAUAUCUUACAAAUAAGAUAUAAGAUAUAAAUGCCACUUAGUGUAUAAACCUGAAUAACAUGCUUAAUCUAAAGUUAAUUUUCCACCCAUAUAAGCUCAGUUUCCACAUAUGCAACAUGAGAAUAAUCAUAGCCAUUUCAUGAAGGUUGUUGUAAGAAUAAUUUUUUUUUAAGAUUUUAUUUAUUUAUUUGAGAAAGAGAGAGAGAACACGAGCCGGGGGAGAGGGAGAGGCAGGCUCCCCGCUGAGCAGGGAGCCUGAUGCAGGGCUCGAUCCCAGGACCCCGGGAUAAUGACCUGAGCCAAAGGCAGACACUUAACCAACUGAGCCACCCGGGCACCCCUGGUUGUUGUAAGAAUUAAAUGAAAUUUUAACUGAUGCACUUAAAUUUCCCAGGGAAGACUUAACAAAUAUAUCAGAUGCCUUUGUAAUCAGAAUCCAUAAAAAUAACAGACAUGAAUAACUGCACCUGACAAUUCGUUAGAAAUCUCAUUCAUUCCUCAUGACACCUGAUUGUUUCAUUUUUAUAAUAUGUUUGUGCUUCAUUUAAAGGCCAAAAUGAGGGCACCUGGGUGGCUCAGUUGAUUAAGCGUCUGCCUUCAGCUCAGGUCAUGAUCCCCAGGGUCCUGGGAUCGAGUCCCACAUGGGGCUCCCUGCUCCAUGGGAAGUCUGCUUCCCCUUCUCCCUCUGCCUGCUGCUCCCCCUGCUUGUGCGCGCUCUCUCUCUCUCUCUCUCUGUCAAAUAAAUAAAUAAAAUCUAAAAAAAAAGACCAAAAUAAGUAAGUUAAAAACAGACAAAAAUAACAGGUGAUAGAAGGUUCUGGAACUCUAGACUUGCAUUUUUUUUUUUUUUUAAAGAAUAAAGCUGUAUUUAAGCACCAUAUAAAAGGGAAAAGGUGUGAUAAUUUGGCUUUUCCCUGCAGUUCAUUCUUACAAGAAUCACAAGCUGUAUUGGUUCUAAUCAUGCCCUUUAUUCUGAUAAUCAAAUCUAAUAUAGUAUUUCUGGAGAACAUCAGAAUCUUAUUAAAAGCUAGAUUCACAUAAUCUUAUCCUUCAUAUGACAGAGGAGGAAACUGAGACAUAAAAAGGAAGCUGUGACGGGCUCAAUCAGGCAAAUAGCAUAAAAGGUGUUGGCCCUUCUGUCUUCUGGGCUUCUGUAUUGAUGUCCUCCGGUGUGUGGACAGCCAGCCCUCAGCGGCCAUGUUCAGAGGCAGGUCUCUAUCUUUCCCCCAUGAAUGGCUCUGGGUCUAGCUGGGAAUGUAGAUAGGUGUAGGUUGAGUUGAACACUUCCUAUAUUUUUAACCAUAAUAGACUGGUUUCAGUUUUCCUGAACUGUAGCCCUUACUCCUAUUCCAAGCCAACAAAAAUUCACAAUUAAAACUUUAUAGAUGCUUGUGUCUCAGGAGUCUGUUUUGUGGAAACACAUAGCAUCGUUUCAGUGAGAUGCCUCAUGCAGGGGUGGGGCUGGGGGGGAAUGUUGGUGUUACUGUUUCAAAUUUACCAUUAAUAUGAAAUUUGCGUUUUAGUGUUUGGAAAUGGGAAGUGACUGGCCACGAAUUUAGUUAUAUGAAAUGCGCUGUUGACAAAAGGAACACACAAUGUACAAUGAAGCAUUUAUGUUUACUUUUUAAUAUACCGGUCAAACCGUAGGGCAUUAAUGUUUCUAAAUAUUUUGUCACUCUCCAAAGCUACAAAAUGAUCCUAAAGAAUGUCUUAUAUUUAUCAAACUUAUCAAAA